UCUGGCAAGGUUGAGAGAGAGACCGACGGAGAAUCGGAGAGAUAACGUAACGGCAACUGUGGAUGCGUUUGGGACAAGAGGGCUGGGAAAGGAGUGAAGACACUGUAGCCCCUCGGACUCUUUUGUUAUAGCACAUUACACAAACGACUGCAACAAGAUAACCCACGGACAGGAUUAUUACGAUAAGAUGGGGUCCACAAGACAUCGAUCGAAGUCGGAAUCAAAACUAACUAGUCAAGGCGCUCGACUCUUUUCAUUUGGACUUUCAGUCAUAGUUCUACAACUAUGUGCCGCAUUCAACCUGGACGUCGAGAACCCCGCUGUCUACAGUGGACCAAAUGGCAGCUACUUCGGAUAUGCGGUGGACUUUUAUCUGACCAACAGCUCAAGUGUCAGUGUAGUGGUGGGUGCUCCCAAGGCCAACACCAGCCAGGUGGAUGUCGUUCAGGGCGGCUCGGUCUUCCAUUGCCCCUGGAGCACCGGCCAGUCAGACUGCCACAGCAUAGAGUUUGACCAUGAAGGCAACCGCCCAAUCAUCAUCAACGACACAGAGAGUGAGGGGGAGUACAAGUCUCACCAGUGGUUUGGAGCGACCCUGCGUUCCCACGGCGACACGAUCCUGGCCUGUGCUCCGCUCUACUCCUGGAGAACAAAGGCAGAUCAAGAGCGUGCUGAUCCCACAGGAAGAUGUUUCCUGUCCGUCAAUAACUUCACCAAGUUUGUGGAGUAUGCUCCGUGUCGCACAGAACUUGAUGCAGAAUCAGGCCAAGGGUACUGCCAAGGGGGUUUCAGUGCUGACUUCACCAAGGAUGGGAAGGUUGUGUUGGGAGGACCAGGCAGCUUCUUUUGGCAAGGUCAGGUGAUCUCGGCGGUCAAGGAGCAGAUCAUCAAGGCGUAUUAUCCAGGCUACUUCCUGUCGUCUGUGGAGGGAGAGAUGCAGACCAAGCAGAAGCCUCAGGCCGUGUAUCAUGACGACACCUACAUGGGCUAUUCAGUAACAGCGGGAGAGUUUACAGAGGACAAUGUGGAAGAUUUUGUGGCUGGCAUCCCAAAAGGAAAUUGGUCGCAUGGUUUGGUUUCGAUCCUGAAUGGGACUGACUUCACUAAAGUGAAGACCUUCUCUGGUGAACAGAUGGGAUCAUAUUAUGGAUACUCUGUGGCCACCACUGACAUCAACAAUGACGGGCGUAUGGACCUGCUGGUGGGGGCGCCGACGUUCAUGACGUGGGACACGGACGGCCGUCUGGAGGAGAGGGGGCGCGUGUACGUGUACCUGCAGAGAGGCCUGCUGGACCUGCAGCCCCAGAGCCCCCCACUGACCGGCAUCCAGCUCUACGGCCGCUUCGGCAGCUCCAUCGCCCCCCUCGGAGACCUCAACCAGGACGGCUUCAACGAUGUUGCCAUUGGCUGUCCCUUUGGAGGGGAGGACCAGCAGGGAGUGGUCUACAUCUAUAAUGGCCACGGUGGGGGACUCCAGGAGAAGGCCUCUCAGGUCCUCUCGGGCCAGUGGGCGUCUGCUGCACCUGCCAUCUUUGGCUUCACACUCCGCGGCGACAAAGACCUGGACAUGAACGGCUACCCAGAUCUUAUUGUGGGAGCAAUUGGAGCUGACAAAGCAGUAGUGUACAGGAGUCGUCCCAUCGUCAACACCAGCGUGUCUCUGGUGGUCCACCCGGCCAUGAUCAACCCGGAGGAGAAGCACUGCGUCAUCACCCGUGGCAACGAGUCCAUCGCCGUCGCCUGUGUCAACCUCAGCUUCUGCGUACUGGCCGACGGAAAGCACCUCCCAGACAACCUAGCGUUCCGUGUGGAGGUGCAGCUGGACCGUGUGAAGCAGAAGCAGAAGGCGGCGGUGCGGAGAGCUCUGUUCGUGGACUCCCAGCAGCCCGCGCUCAUCAGGACCCUGGCCGUCCCCAACGGGGCACGCCGCUGCCACGAGACCAAGAUCUACCUGCGGGAUGAGAAGGAGUUCCGUGACAAGCUGUCGGCCAUCUACGUGGCGCUCAACUUCAGCCUGGACCCAGCGGCUGCUGCUGACCAGCACGGCCUGCGCCCCAUCCUCAACUACCAGACCACCGAGCUCAUCGAGCAGAAGGCUCAGAUCCUGCUGGACUGCGGCGAGGACAACAUCUGCGUGCCUGACCUCAAGCUGACAGUGGCGGGGGACAGGAAGGAAGUCUACCUGGGUGAUGAAAACUCGCUGACCCUGACUUUCAACGCCAGAAACGACGGGGGAGGAGCCUACGAGGCUGAGCUCCACGUGGUCCUGCCCCCCGAAGCCGACUACAGCGGAAUCGCCCGGAACAACGAGAGCCUGACCCAGCUGACCUGUAGCUAUGGUGUAGAGACGGAGAACCAGACGCGCUACCUCAGCUGUGACCUGGGCAACCCCAUGAAGUCCGGCACUAACCUGUGGGCUGGUCUGCGCUUCACUGUGCCCAGGCUCAAGGACACACGCAAGGUGGUGCAGUUUGACCUUCAGAUCCGCAGUAAGAAUGAGAACAACUCCCACAGCGAGAUGGUGCCUUAUAAACUGGAGGUGGUGGUUCAGGCUGAUGUGAUCCUGCAGGGGGUCUCUCGUCCUGACAAGGUCUUCUUCCCGCCGGUGGGCUGGAAGGUCACCAAGCGGCUUGAGAUGGAGGAGGACGUGGGCCCAGAAGUCAGCCAUAUCUAUGAGCUGGUGAAUAACGGGCCCAGUCGGAUCAGCCACACCCUGCUGUCGCUGCACUGCCCCAUGCGUCUGCAGGGCCACCAGUUCAUGUACCCGCUGGAGGUGUUCACCGAGGGCCCGCUCAACUGCACCACCAACCGCACCGUCAACCCACACCGCCUCAAGAUUCAGCAGUCGACCACAGAACAGCCCCCUCUGCUGGACAGCCAAGUGCACCACAUCGAGAAGAGGGAGGUCCACAAAGGCCAGCUGUCGGAGAUGAGCAACCUGUCCUGCUCCAGUGUGGAGUGCUGGACGUUGUCCUGUACCGUGGGGCUGCUGGAGAGAGGCACCAGUGCCAUCCUGAGGGUGCGCUCGCGGAUCUGGGCCGAGACCUUCACGCAGCUCCCCUACAAAAAUUAUGUGCUCGAGUGUCAAGCCAAGUACGACGUGCAGAAGAUGCCAUAUGCCAUCUUGCCCAAACAAUCUCCAAGUGGUUCCAAAAAGGUGGUGACCCCGCUGGUGUGGAAUAAGCCGGACAGCCAGUACGCCGUGCCCCUGUGGAUCAUCAUCUUGGCCAUACUGGCAGGCCUGCUUCUGCUGGCUCUGCUCAUAUACGUCCUCUACAAACUGGGCUUCUUCAAGAGAACCGAGUACGGCACCGCCAUGGAGAAGGCUCAGCUCAAACCCCAGGCCGCGUCCGAGGCAUAAGGAGCUCGGCCGGAGCCGUCAGGAGAUCUGCAAAACCCCGAGAAUACUUUCCCACAAGAUUGCAAAAGACAACAAGAAGACACAAGUGUGGGUAGCUGUCUUGACAACCAGACAGGUUUUGGAGGGAAGACCACUGACAACCCCACUGCACUGCACUAUAGGAGACAAAACUGACAAAUCAAAACCAAAUGAAUGUUUUAUUUUAUUUUAUUUUUUAAUCCUUUGGAUUUGCCGUCCUUAUACCAGGGACGUCUUUGAGGAGUCCACUCCCUGACAUUGUCAAGGAACAAACACUCACACACACACACACACACACACACACACACAACUGUAGCGGUCGAGGAGACCUCUCAUGUGAACACGUGACUCCUCAUUAAAUCCACACAAAAGUGUUCACUCUUUGACAUAAUCAAUUCACUCACAAAAAGAGACUUUCCCUCUUUUCAGUUUGGUGCUAACCACGGUGAACCUCUGUCACCCCAUCCAGCUGCGUUUUCUUUUUUCCCCACAUCAUGUGGGCUGAGAUUAAGCCAAAGCCUUUGAUUUUGCCUGUGUGUGUAGCUUCCUUUACUCAAAUUACCACCAGCGACCUGGGAACAUGCUGUUUCUGUUUCAGACCAUCUGAGGCCACACUGACUCAGGCCAAAGUCUCAACAUCAGCUUGUUUCACUGGGUCGUUUUUGUUUCGUUUGUUCUCACAUACUCUUUUUUUUAGAAAAAAAAAAUCACUUUCACAGAUUUUAUUGAAACGGCGCAGGACUGAGAAACUGGACUGGCUGUCACCUUUGCACUCUUCAAAACAAAAUGGUUGCUGUCUCAGGUGAUGAAAUGGAAAUGCAGAGCCCUGGCCUGGGGUCCCCAGAUGCAGGAACGUGACAUAGAAACAGACAAGGAAACAAAAGCAACAGGAUCGUCCCGUCAUGAAGGACACUCGUCUCUCUCCUGCUGAUCUUUGUUUCUCCAUCGUUAUUCAGCUGUCUGAGUUUUUUUAUUGUCAUUUUUCGCAAAGCGAUUUGCAUUGCCUCAAGUAAGUCAUCUGGGACACGACUGGAUCCACACAGAGCGAAACAAACCCAAAGCCUGUGAAACCUCACUGAUGCCUUGAAGCAGAGCUGUGCUUUGCCACUUCAGAGAGCACACACUAUGACCCGCCAGAGCCCAGGAGCCCAUGGGUGACUAGCGUACCUGCUAAUGCUGGGGCAGGCUAAUCUUCGUUAGCAGUAGGGGCCCAUUACAGGGCCUCUAUUGUGUGGGGGUCUGUGUACUUUCCAGAGGAAGCCGAAACCUUGUUUCAAUGUUUCUGGAGCACAGGGAAGCCACUGUUACAGUAAGCAGGAAGGGAAAUAGCUUCACUGUUGGUUGGUCACAGCACAAGAAGUGGGAGUUAGUUGGGAAUCGCCUCCUCCUAGUGACGCUGUUCUCACUUAAAGUGCACUGUGAGUCUAUAGAAUCUGAUGAUGCAGCAGUGAAAUUCUGUCAGGCUCUGUGUACAGUAUGUGCUUGUGAGGUUAUAGCUCACCAGCGGCCUCUAGUGGUCACGGGUGAACGUGCACUGACAGAGAGGAACUCAAAGGCUGCAGCCUCAAUCCAGGGACGAUUACACACAUUUGCUUGGUUUUAAUGUAAAUACUGUAUGUAUGUAUGUGUGUAUGUAUGUGUGUGUGUGUGUGUGUGUGUGUGUGUGUGUGUGUGUGUGUGUGUGUGUGUGUGUGUGUGUGUGUGUGUGUGUGUGUGUGUGUGUGUUUGGGUGACAGAGUGCAAAUGUAUUUGUGAGUUAUGGACAGAAUAGAUAAAUGAACGGAUGAGGUGAAUGGACGAAUGAAUGAAUGAUUGAAUGAAUGCUUCAUUCAGUUUUCCCAAUAGCUCAGUAUGGCCUUCAUCCUUGAACACAGGGAGAUUACAACAGCAAGUUAUGCCUUCUUAUUGUGUUAAAUUAGGGGAGAGAGUCACUAUUUAAGUGGUGAUUUAACCACAGACAGACUGUAGUUUUUGCCAACCAUUCAGUAUCUGUCUACUGAGGCCACUUCUAAAGGGACAACCAAGCAUUGGAGAAAACAGACAGAUGUGUUUGUAAGUGCAAUACAGAAAUUACCGUUUUUUCAAGUUUGUUGAAACUGUAUCAAGUUUUUUUCUCUCUCUCUCACUGUGUGUAAGUUAUAUAUAGAUAUGUAUAGUAUUGCUUUAUUGCAAGGGGGAGGAUGGCCCUAGUCGCUGGGCCUGAGUUAAAUGUCAGUCAAAGGCCUUUUGACAAGAAAAAGAUUUUUGAUAGCCACAGACUCUAGAUCCAUUGCUAGGGCCAUACUCUCUUUUCGUUAACUUGAUUAUGUGUACUGAACACAGAGGUAAAAGACAAUGCCCAAAAUGUGGGUGGAAUAUUGGCCACAAAAAGAAAGACUGAUAAUUGAAUGGCUAGAGAGUCAUUGAGACUGAAGUAGAAUGGUUAGGGCUCUGUUCUCAGUACUGAUUGAGUGCCUACAUGGUGUAGCUUUUCGACUACUCUGUAUUGUAUCGUGAUAAAAUCUCUAAUGGGAUUUUAGACACUAAAUACAGUAUUUGUCCACUGAUUGAAUUUGUCCGAUUGAAUGGUAAAAUUGGGUUGAAUUUUGGAAUCGGGUGUUUUGGACUAUUAUUUUAUGUCUUAAGUCUUUUUUUUUUACCUUUUGCUUGUUGAAUACAUAUAUACAUUGGUUUUUUGUUGUUGUUUUUUUUCAAGACACAAGGAUUUUCCCCAGUACUCAGUGAUUUUUACAUUUACAAAAGAAGUCUGCCGUAUGCAAUAGCCUAUUUAUACUCCCCUAAUCAUUUUAAAAUGAUUGAGUUUAAGAAAGCACUGGGUUUGUCCUCACUUUUCUAAAUAUCCUGGUCCCAUUCUCUUUGUCUCACCAAUUAUCUGAGAUGUAUAUAUAUUUUUAGCAAAGAGAGUAUUUUUGAAUUCCGUUGAAAACCUUUGCCUUGUGAAUUUUUCUCUUCCCAUAUUGGGGACACUGAGCGGGAUGUUAUGUUGUUGAAGUAAUUAUUUGAUGGUAUUUUACAGUUUGCUUUUUAAAUAAAUUUUCAAUUUGUACUAAAUUGGAGUUCUGUGUAUCUGUCUACUGUCUGAAGUCUAAUGUCAAUGUUUAUGGUGUAAU